UGAGAGUUGUUGAACGCUCCACGAGAAUGAUCGCCUUAGUGUUGUGCGGACUGCUGGCGGCGGUCUCGGCCGCGCCACAGUACUACCAUGGCUCGUCACAUUGGCCGUAUCACCAUUACGACCCCUUCAGUCCUUACGUUCGGGAAAGCAUGUUGGACACACAUUCGCUUUGGUCCAACCUUGCCAACGAAAUGCAACACUUGGACAACAUGAUGAAGGAGCUGUCGUUGAAGUUCCCCAGCAUUAUAAACGAAGGACGCGUGGAAGGCGACAAGUAUCAGAUAUCUAUUCACCUGCCUGGUUACGAACAGAAAGACAUCAACGUGAAAGCGAAAAAUGGAGUGCUGAUGGUGCAGGCUAACAGUGCUUUUAAUCAUUACUUGAAAAUACAGAACCUUCCCUGGGAUGUGAAUUCCGAAGGCAGCUGGGUUUACGAGAAAGACGUGUUGAAAAUCACCUUCCCGCUGAAGCAAAAGCAGCCAGAGGAUAGCAAGAGGCCAGUUGCAGAGCCCACUGAGACGACCUCUACGAAUGUAAGUCGUGAAGAGAUGGAGUUCACCACCGAGAGCAACGUGCGGGACGUUGACGUCGGCUUGGAGACAGCCCAGAAGACCAAUGAGAUCGCGAAAGCUGUAGAAGCGACCACGUACGCUGUCAACAUCAGAGACGAUGCGGAGUUCUUGCCGAUUCCAUAUUAAUUUGAUCAAAUAUAAAUGUGAGAAUUAAUGAAUUAAGUGCAAGUAUA